CUCCCCUCACCUUCCUCCCCCCUCCUCCCCUAGCUCAGCUGCUUCCUCCCUCUCUCCCUCCCUCCUGGUGUCCACUCCACUCACCACUGCCUCUCUUCGGUUCUUGACCGACCUGCCUGAGCUGGUAGGUAGCCACUGGUACCCCGCUACUAGUGCUUCUUGAUCCAGUACCGAUUACGAGCUGUCAGGGCCGUCCGGGAUGGAGCGGUACGAGGUGAUCAAGGACAUAGGCUCCGGCAACUUCGGUGUGGCCAAGCUCGUCCGGGACAUCAGGACCAAGGAGCUCUUCGCCGUCAAGUUCAUCGAGAGGGGCCACAAGAUUGAUGAGAAUGUUCAAAGGGAGAUUAUGAACCACAGAUCUCUUAGGCAUCCGAACAUUGUUAGAUUCAAAGAGGUUGCGCUGACUCCCACACAUUUGGCCAUAAUUAUGGAAUACGCUGCUGGCGGUGAGCUAUUCGAAAGGAUCUGCAGUUCUGGAAGAUUUAGCGAAAAUGAGGCUAGAUUCUUCUUCCAACAACUGCUUUCAGGAGUUAGCUAUUGUCAUUCCAUGCAAAUAUGUCACAGAGAUUUGAAACUAGAAAAUACACUUCUGGAUGGAAGUGAAGCGCCCCGGCUCAAGAUAUGUGAUUUUGGUUAUUCCAAGUCCUCUGUUUUGCACUCUCAGCCUAAAUCAACCGUCGGGACUCCAGCUUAUAUUGCUCCGGAGGUCCUUUCAAGAAGGCAAUAUGAUGGAAAGGUGGCUGAUGUUUGGUCGUGUGGAGUAACUCUAUAUGUGAUGCUUGUCGGUGCUUAUCCAUUUGAGGACCCAGACGAGCCAAAGAACUUCCGCAAGACAAUUACUCGGAUACUCAGUGUACAAUACGCGGUACCUGAUUACGUCCGGAUCUCAAUCGAGUGCAGACAUCUGCUGUCCCGGAUUUUCGUCGCAAAUCCUGAGCAAAGAAUAACUAUCCAGGAGAUCAAGAACCACCCGUGGUUCCUCAAGAAUCUACCCAUCGAAAUGACCGAUGAGUACCAGAUGAGCCUGCACAUGGUCGGCAUCAACUCGCCCCCGCAGACCCUGGAGGACAUCAUGGCCAUCAUCCAGGAGGCGCGGAAACCGGGCGACGGAUCCAAGUUCGCAGGGCAGCUUUCUGUGCCUGGCAUGGGGAGCAUGGAGCUCGACGACAUAGACGACGUCGAUGCAGACAUCGAGGACAGCGGCGACUUCGUGUGCGCGUUGUGACGGGCAGGUGUGGUUCAGGCGAGGCACCGCCGUGAACUUUGUCUUUGUGGUCUGGUCUUUGUGAUGCAUUCAUCCUUCUGUCUUGUCGUUGUUCGUUUUUCAGAGAGUUGAGGUCUGCUGUGUAUUACCAAGUUUUCUAUCUGUGUAUAAAUAUAAUAUAUAUAUACUUCCAUGUGUUUCGCUGGUGUUCUUA